CGCAGGCGCGGCUCCGCUAGGGUCCUGGGCUGGUCACUGGCUCUCAAGCUUAGCCGGUUGUGUUCUCCUCAGGAGCCCUAGGCGCCUGGGACCGUCUCCCGCCAUGUUCUCUUUCAAUAUGUUUGAUCAUCCCAUCCCCCGCGUUUUCCAGAACCGCUUCUCCACCCAGUAUCGUUGCUUCUCAGUGUCCAUGCUUGCAGGACCUAAUGACAGUAAUUAUGCCACCCUCGGCCCUGGAUCAACUUAGUCGACUUAAUAUCACCUAUCCCAUGCUGUUCAAGCUGACCAAUAAAAACUCAGACAGGAUGACCCACUGUGGCGUGUUGGAGUUUGUGGCAGACGAGGGUAUUUGUUACCUGCCCCACUGGAUGAUGCAGAAUCUGCUUCUGGAAGAGGGGGGCCUGGUGCAAGUAGAGAGCGUCAACCUGCAAGUGGCGACUUACUCCAAAUUCCAGCCCCAGAGUCCGGAUUUCCUGGACAUCACCAACCCUAAGGCAGUAUUGGAAAAUGCUUUGAGAAACUUUGCUUGUCUGACCACUGGGGAUGUGAUUGCCAUCAACUACAAUGAAAAGAUCUAUGAACUUCGGGUGAUGGAGACAAAACCAGAUAAAGCUGUGUCUAUUAUAGAAUGUGACAUGAACGUAGACUUUGACGCACCCCUGGGCUACAAAGAGCCAGAGCGACAGACUCCGCACGAGGAAACAACAGAUGUGGAAGCCGACCACAGUGGGUAUGUUGGAGAGCUCGGAUUCCGGGCUUUCUCUGGCUCUGGGAACAGAUUAGACGGGAAGAAGAAAGGCAUCGAGCCUAGCCCUUCCCCAAUCAAGCCUGGAGACAUCAAAAGAGGAAUUCCUAAUUAUGACUUUAAGCUUGGCAAGAUCACUUUCAUCCGAAAUUCCCGCCCAAUGGUCAAAAAAGUGGAAGAGGAUGAAGCUGGAGGCCGAUUCAUUGCCUUUUCAGGAGAAGGACAGUCAUUACGCAAAAAGGGAAGAAAGCCAUGAGUUUGGACCGUUGGCUAAUUAGAAAAUAAAAGAAUCUAUUGCAA